AUUUGUGUGUUUGGCGCUGACCAUCCCUUAAAAAUUGUACCAUAAGAAUGUUACUUAAUAUUUGCAAAACAAAAAAUGUAUUCUUCAAAAUGUUGUUUUAAUGUUGUCUACCAAUCCCAAAUAGUCUUUUAAAUGAUAAACUUUUAUUUUUUUCCCCCUAACAGAUCAGGCUGAAGUGUCACCUACUGCCCAGCUUGUUACAAAACAACAGCAACAACAAAUCAAAAAGCUGACAGAAAAAAUUCAGAGGCAGGAGGAGCUCAUCAAAGAGCCGUCAGCAGAAAAAGAUUUUCUGAAAGAACAGCUAGCAAAACAUCCUCCACAAGCCUCCACAAAUGACAUAAUGCUGCAUGGGAAACAACAAAAAACUUCCCAAGUUCAGUCAAGUUCAUCUGCAAGUACAUCAAGCAGUUCUUCAGACUCGAGUGACUCUUCAUGCAGCAAUUCUUCAUCUGACUCUUCGUCUGAGUCUUCAUCUUCAAAUGAAGAGAAGAAGAAGAAGAAGAAGAAGAAUGGAAAGAAGAAGAAGGGAACACCAAAAAAGAAGAAAAAAAGAGGCAAGAGUGGAAAGAAGAGACAAAUCAAAGCCCGCAAACAUGUCAGAAGAGCACGUGUCCCAGAUGAGGUGGUGGAGCGUUACAGAAAGGUCCUCAAGGCCUUCAACAAAGGACAAACAUUAACUGCAGCAUUCAGAAAAGUGGGAGUAGAUCGGAACACCGUUGUGUGCAGUGCUGCGGUGGCAGAACUUGCCAUUGCAGCCCCACAGAAGUACUCCGAGCUAAAACAGUUUCACAAUCCCAAAAAGAAACUUAGCGACUUUACAAAAGCUUGCAUCGACACAAUUGAUGCAAAUUCACAAAUUGAAGACACAAUCGACACUUUUAAAAAAAGUGGACAGUUACUGCCCCUUGGGAAGGGCAGAUAUUGAUUUCUUUUUUUUUUUAAAGUUUGUUGAAAGUUUAAAAUGUUAUCCACAAUGUUGUUGUGAUGUGUUAGAGUUGUUAUAUGUUUGUGGCUUUGGUUAAUGUUAUAAAGGGCAUUUUUCAUA